AGAGAGAGAAUAACAAUACUCAUUUGCUAAACACCGCCCUAAAUUUUCAUAUUUACGCCCUGUAUAAAAAAAAAUGUAUGUAUUUGAGUAUUUUUAUACUCCCACUCUCCCACUCUCCCACUCUCAUCACCUUCUCACUCUCUUGACCCUCCCUCACUUCUCACUCUCUCUCCACUCUCUUACUCCAUCUCUCUCAUCAACACCAAGAAGAAAACAUCCGGGCAGUAUCUCCGGCGAGUUUUUCCGGCGAGAAGAGAAAUCUGGCGAGGACUAUUGCGGGGCGGCGAGCAGAUUUCCGGCUAGGCGAGCAAAUUUCCGGCUAGGCGAGCAGACUUCCGGCGAGGUUGCGGCGGCGACAAGAUCCUCCGGCAACAAAACUUCGAAUUUCCGGCGACAUAAAGAUGAGUGGGCGAGACAAAGGCAAAGCAAAGUGUUUGCCUACAGAUUCGGGUCAUCGUCAUCCUCAUGAUAGAGGGGUGACAAUCUCAUCGAGGAAGGCUAGAGAGUUGCUUUUCAGGAGCACUCAGUCUUCAUCAGGUGCAGAAACGGAGGAAGUACCAGAGAUUCUUCCUUUGUCUGUUGCAUUGCCUACUACUAUUAUGGACAUUGAGUCGUGGAGACCUCACUCACCAUGGAGAGGCAACCCAAUGGCGGGGGACGAUCAGGAGGCGGGUGCUUAUUACGAUAGUCAGCCGGAGCAUCCAUCAACGGACGCAGAGGAAGGUCGUCUGUCUCGGGGAUGCAAACCACGUACCUCUCGUGGUCGUUUUGCACGUUCUUCAAAUGGAGCAUCGUGCAAUGCUCCGGGAUCCGGGAGUAGUAGGCCGAGCAAGAGGAAGGGGGCGGAGGAGGACACUUCAUGGCUAGUACGUGACGCUAGGCCAGGUGGGCCGUUGGACGGUAGUGUCAUACCUAGUUUUGGAGGCCACAUAGCGGCACACGUUUGGGCUGGGGAGGAUGAGAGGACUAUGUUGAAGUGUCAUAACCGGGAGAGGACGUGCAGUAAGCUUCAGGCGUGGUACGCUAGCAUGACACCCGAGGUUCAGGGGAUGGUAGAUGCUACUGGAUUGAGGCACUUGCCUGAGAUCAUGUUUGAGCAUUUGGAUCAGCCGUUGAUCUGUGCGUUUGUCGAGAGGUGGCAGCCCGAUACGAACUCUUUCCACCUCCCUUUUGGAGAGAUUAGUAUCUUGCUACACGAUGUCAGUUCUAUCCUCCAUAUCCCAUCAGAUGGAUGGAUUACAGGUGACUUUGGUUCAUGGGAUGACGUGAAGAGUUCAUGUGCAGAGCUAUUUGGGAUGGAGAGAAGCGCCUUUUUGAAGGCGCAUUGGUCCGGUGGUGGUGUAUUCAUUGAUUCUUUGAUAGAGAGAUGUUCUGCUCCGGAUCGGAGUCCGACCCACCAGUUUCGAGGAUAUAUGCUGACCCUCCUUGGUGCCACUCUAUUCGUUGAUAAGAGUGGUAACCGAGUCCGUCCUUGGCCACUGUCGUUUUUGUCUUGUAGCCCCAGGAUGUGAGCCGGUAUUCUUGGGGUGCGGCUACACUAGCCUAUUUAUACAGGCAGCUUGGCAUAGCUAGUCGUGCUGAUUCAGCCCAGAUUUGUGGUUGCCUCACGCUAUUGCAGGCAUGGAUUUACGAGUAUUUUCCCAUGUUUCGGCCUAACCGCACUAGGAGGAUGAGACCUAUAGGAUCUGCUUCGGCACUGAGUUGGGAGGUUCGGCAUGAGAACAGGGGGAUUGACCGACUACUGAGUAUUCGACAGGCAUUGGAUCA